AUGUUUUUUUAUUUUAUUAAAUUAAAUCUCAUAAUUAUAUUCUACACAUUUAUCGCAAUUAUAUAUAAAUGUACAUGUAUUCGUAUAGGAAUCUUAAAUACUAGAAUUGGUAUAGGAAUCUCAAAUUCCAGAAUUAGCCUAGGAAUUACAAAUCCUGGAGAUAAACUGGCAAUAAUUAAUCCCGUAGUUAGGCUAGGAAUAUUAAAUCCCGUAGUUAGUCUAGGAAUUAAGAAUCCAGGAGAUAAACUAGCAAUAAUUAGUCCCUCCUUUAAACUAGCAAUAAUUAAUCCUAGAAUUCCUAUAGGAAUCACCAGUCCAAUCCUUACUCUUGGUAGAAUCACAUUUAUAAAUAAAGGUUCUAUAAACCCAUAUAAUAUAAAUUUAAAGAAUGAAUUUAAAAUUAAAAGUACGAAAGUAGAUGAAAUAUUAGAAAAUCUGAAGGAACUGACUUUGUUGGAGACGUCUGAAUUGGUGAAGAAAAUUGAAGAGGUUUUUGGAGUAUCAGCUCAGCCACAAGGACCACUUGCAUUAAGGCCUCAGGCUAUUGCACCUGAGGAACCUUAUAAAGAGGAAGAAGAAGAUGAUGAGAAGGAACGUGAACGUGAUAAGCGUAGGAAACACAAUGUUGUAAUUAAGGAAAUUGAAAAAGAUAAAAGAAUCGAUUCGUUUAAAACUCUAAAGGAAUAUUUCCCAGACAGGUCCGCAUCUGAAAUUAAGAAGAUUAUGGACUCACUUCCUUUUGUAGUUAAGACUGUUACAUCCCAAAGAGAGGCUGAAGAUAUCAUCAAAAAACUCACUACAGAUGGAAUGAAAAUUGAAAUUGAAUAA